CUUUUCCUAAUUUUGUUGUCGGAAUGAAUAGCAUAAACUGGCAAACUGACUUUACAGAAUGAAGAAUGAACCAGCGAGACGUCGCCUGGCUCGAAUAAGAUGCCUUUUGGAGAGCAUAAAACACAUAGAACAAGGGAAAAGUUUGCCUUCGGCACUGUGUUUUGUUCCUGCGGAAAUUGAAUACGCAAGGGAGGAUAAUAGGAACCUAAGAGUUAUAACGAUACACAAGAAACCAAAAAGUGAUGCUCAGUGUAUUGGAGAGCUGCCAGCUGUGUCUAAUCUUCAACUGUUUGCAUCAGGAAGUGAAGUCUUUAAUAGUAGUGGCUCCUGGAUAAAGCUUUCUCAGGUAUUGCCGGCUUAUGCGUAGAUUUACGGUAUCAACUGACAACGAGUUUCUGAUCGUGAUGUAUUCAACUGCAUUGAUUAAAAAACAAAUUGUGCUUGUUUCAAUUUCUUAAAUUAAUCUGUUGUCCUAUUUUGUCAGUUAGAGCUAUUAUUUCCAGCAGAAAGGCAUGAAAAAUAAGCAGUUUCGAUACUCUUGAAGUUUCCCACUAGCAUGGGUAAAAUCUCCGCACAGCCCCUUACUACAUUAUGCAUUCAGUUCUCGGAUAGAAAAAACAUUGACAAAAACAAUACAUUGCCAUUGGGAAAACAGAUUUGUUUUACCAUAGUAUGGGGCUGUGCGGAAAUUUUACCCUAACAUGCUUAUAUAUCAUGUACACCGCGUUCGUACCAUAUUUCAAACAAUUGUACUUGUCUAUCGUAUGAUAACUUUGCUCAGCGCAAUGUAGUUUGAUGAAAGUGAAGGAAAUUGAGAGUUAAUGAAACUAAUUUCUUUACAAGAAUUAUCUCACCGAGAUGACAGAAUAGGACUGAACUAUUCAAGGAAAUUCAUGACAGUGGCAUUAUCUAAUUAAGCAAGAAUCACCUGUUGUGUAUUUCCUUCCGACUAAAUUUGAAUAUUGUUCAUUUUUUGGAUUGAUCUCAUCCACAAAAAGAAUUUGACUGGACCUUCUUUUAAAGCUUUCAGAUCUGAAAUCAUAUUCCACAUCAAAGCUGGGUUAUCCUAACAACUCAGCCUAGUGCUGUCUGGUUACACUGUCAGUACUAUACUAUCAUACCACUACUUAUCAAUUAUUUAAAUGCAUUUAUUGGCAGAAAACUUUACAGAGGUACUGUUCUGGUAAACCAGCAAAAGAGGGGUGGAUUCUUGCAGCACCUUAUGACAGUAAACAUGGUGUAGGAACACCUUACGUCAAAGCUGUAGAUGGCAGUUCACCAUCUAAAGGAUCUAGAACCAUCAAAAGGUUCGUAAUGUCACAUAUCAAUAGUGUAUUUGUAUACUUAAUUUAAGGUGGCUAUGAUGCUGCAAUGUUUUAUUUUAAUGCAUUAUAUAAACUAAGUGAGGUGCUAAGCAAACUUUAGAUCUCCUUAUUUUGAUGGUUGGACAUGUAAUAUGCACAUGUAUAUACUUUGCAAGUUGCUUGGUAUUUUUCUGAACCAUGUGAGGGCAGGGAAAAAUACAAGCAAUGAGCAAAAUGUGUGCUCAUAUUAUAAGUUAAACCAUGGAAUGAGUGAUUUAUUAUUCUACUCUCAUCUCAUUUUCUAAUAUUUUGGCUUUCAGUUUUUUAAAUACUUCCUGCAGCCUUAUCUGAGCUCGGUACCAGUUGCCUCUAGAGGGCAUGUGUGAAUUAACUGAAAUGUUGGCUUUAUAAAGGGGGAGGGGAAAAAUCUGAUUUAGUAUUCUGAUCAUUUGAGUGAGGUCACUUAUAACAGUCAACUCUUCACUUGACUCUGCUGAUGAAUUCCACUGAGGUUGUCAAAAAAGUCAGUCACCACUACUCAGAACAACUGUCACUCAGACAGUCAGACCACAUAAUCAAAUGUUAUCCCUGUAUUAGAACCAAUUACUGUAAUAGUGAUAGAAAUAAUUAGAGAUAAACCAAGUAAGUUUCCUUUUUUCUUUACCCUUCAGUUGGCAAGAGGCAGUAGAGAUGUGUUACUCACUCAGGAUAUCUGACCCACCCUCUAUUGAAAAGUAUGCUGACAAAGAAGCCAUGCAACAGCUGAGUGCUCCUCCACCAAAGUGGAAUUUAGAUGCAGAUGAGGAGCUGGCCAAGUUUAUGGCUAAUCAUAUAAAUAAACAUGAAGCAUCACUUGGAAAUAUCAGCAGAUAUGUGGAGUCAGUGCAAGUUUCAUCUGUGAGUUUGCAUCUAUUUAACCCUUUAACUUCCAGAAGUGAUUAACAUGUAACUUCUCCUAUUAAUAUCCAUUCAUUAUUCAGCACACAGGUAAUGAGAAUACUGAAACUAACCAGCUAAAUGAUAUUACCAUAAAUGAACACCAAUUUCUCGCAACCAAUUUAAAAAGAAAUGUGUUGCAGCUAGAGGGGAGAAUUUAAAAUCAGAUUUUGGAAGUUAAAGAGUUAACAGUUAGAUUCCAUGUUGCCAUGCGCAUGUCAAGUAAUAGUUCACAGAUGACGUCAAAAUGUAAUAAGAACAAAAAAGUUGUAUCAUUGAUGUUUUUACUACAUUUUGACAUUUUCUGUGAUAUAUUAUAAUUGUACAGGUGCACGGCAAUAUGGAAUCAUUUUGUAUUAUAUGAUAAAAAAAAAACAAAAAUGUUGUUAAUAAUUAUUCUCUAUACUCUUCUCUUUACAUUUCCUUUGAUUCUGAUGAGGAGAAUUUGUUAGAUGAUCACAGCUUGUUAGGUUGGCGAUCAUUUCCUUUUUUCUCAUGAUCUUAGUGAACUACUCAGCAGCAUUACUGUGAGGAGAAAUUAGAUCCUGAUUACUCUUGAGAUCAUUAGUAAGAACUAAUCUAAAUGCAUUUGUAAUUCAGCUUAUUCUAUAUUAAUGAAGAUGUAGUAUUCUAAAUUUAUUUGAUAAAAUGCUGCCACUUUAAUUUAAUUUUUAGUGUUUCCCCAAGGCAUUUAUCUAAGUAUGGAAGCUCUUUACUUUAGGGAGGUGUUUCUCUCAAAAUCAUAUUUCCUAGAUCUUUGACAACAAUUAUUAAUAUUAAAGCAUUAGUAGAUUCUUAAACUCCUGAGAGGAACUGGCUUUUUAAUUUCUCCUUAGAGUAUCACCCCUGAAUCAAAUGUAACAGUCAUGAGUGAAAUGGAAAAUGAUCACUAAUUUAAGGCGCUUCUGAUUUUUACACAAAUUCUCCUUGUCAUUACUGUGGAAUAUAUAGAGAUAACUGUGGGGAGAAUAUGAAUGUUAAUAUUAAGGUGUAAAGGAUUGAGUUAUACCAUACUUGUAAUUUUUUGUCUCACAAUCUUCCACUAAAUGCUGCAUUCACCUGCUUAGGUACAGCAUUCAUUUUAGGGGUGUGUUUAUGGAUGAUUUUGCAUCAAUCUGCAGUAAUUAAUUGCAUCCAGCGUUAUUAAGGGCUUUGUCUUUGGCUAUUGUUUUUCUUGCUAGAAUUGAAUUGUUCUUCAAACUUCUGGAUUCUGGAUUCUUGAUUCUUGAUACUUGAGCCUUGAUUCUCAAUAGUUUUAGUAUCAAGGAUAGAGUUUCCAUGUGGGGAGGGUCACCUUACUUUUGAGUGGUAACAUAAUAAAUAUAAUACAAGUGAUAAAAAUAUUUGAUUUCUAAAUUGAAAUUACUUGCGAAAAAACUGUUGUUGUUUGUUAUCCCUUUAUUUCUUUGAGUGAUCAAGACAAAAUUUCUCCUUACUAUGUAAGUGCAAUAUUAAGCAGAGCACUGUCAUGAAAAAAAAUAAAAUGUUGUCAAUCAGGGAAAUAUUAGUUGAUCUAGUACCAAAUUCUCCAAACUGCGAGAAGAAUUGUAAGGCAGACUGUAAGGAUAAUUGUUCAUGAGAUCUUUGGAGUGAAAGGGUCAAAGUAAAUUGAUUUCAUAGCUAUGACUCAGCCUUUUAGAAAUCCUAUCCAUGCCCCAGAUUCAUGUAUUUAGUCAAUGCUUAUGAUGCAAAUUGAAGAUAAAAGUAGUAAUUUCAUUCCAGGAGGAGGACUCAAAAGAUGCAUUGACAGAUGGUGAUCCAGAUACCUUCUGGGAAACAGAUGGCAGACAGGGUAAACAUUGGAUUAAGCUCUCAAUGAGAGCAGGAACUAUCAUUAGGUUAGUAUACUAGUCAUAAAGUCAGCUGUAGGGUUUCCUUGGUACAACAAGGGGAGUAUGCCUGAUCAGUCUUGCACCCUAUUACAUCUAUAAAUCUUGAAAUUUCAUUCUAAGAAGGCACAAUUGAAAGGAUGUAAUUAUUCUGCACUAGUUCAGCCCAUGUGAGUGCUCUAUUUUGUGAAUUGCUACACUGUAGUGGUCAAGUUUACUCCAGUCAGGUAAACUUUAUCUAAGGAAACAAAGUGUUCUGAUUGGUCUGUUUGGGUAAAAUUUACCCUCAUCUGGUAAAUGUUUUUGAGAAGUGCACUGUGUUUCUGACACAUUUUCUUAUAUGUUAGAUUAAGCACCCUGGGUUUUUAUUAAAAGUUUGGAACUUGGGAGGCAGCAAUUAUUUGAGGAGGGCAUUUGUUUGAAGCUGGCACUUAUCAAAAUUUUCAUCUUUUUCAGCAAGGUGUAAGUUAAAUUUAAUUUGCAACAAAACAAUCUAUUAUACUAUAACAAUGUACAAUACUUUAUCUAUAACACUAGACAAAGCAAAUAAACAAAUUGAUACCUGUGUGUGUGUCAUUUUUUUUUUAGACAACUUUCUGUCACUGUUGAUGCCAAAGAUGAUAACUACAUGCCACAUCAUAUUAUAGUCAUGGGUGGAGAUUCUGCCAACCUCAAACAACUCAAUGAAGUCUUUAUUGAUACGUAAGUCAUAAAAAUAUUGUUGUUAAAGUUAUAUUGCUAUCUGCUGGGUAUGCUAUGGCUUAAUGGUAAUGAACUGGGCUUUGGGCUAAGAGGUCUGGGUUCAAGACCUCCCCAGGUUGGUGUGUUGUGUUUUUGGGCAAAUACUUUCCUUUCAGUGCCUCUCUCCAGCCAGGAACAGGUGAUUCAAUGCUGGGUUAAGAUUACCCAGGGUUAGUGUGAAAUCUGAUUUCAGAUUUCAAAGCCUUAAUACAAAAUUCUGUUCCAUUCCUUUUGUCUACAAUUUGAUGAUUGGAUGCCCUAAAAAGGAAAGAAAAAAUUAUCUGAAAAAGGCUUUUGAACAAACAUAUAUGUCGGAAUGAAGAAACCUGGAUUAUAUUUUAAUGCUGGGUUAGCACUAAUUGGACUUCCAACAACUGGGCCUAGGAGUACAAAUGGGUAGCUGCAGAUAAUCAGGAGAGCCUGAUGAAAUGCUCUGGGGGGGGGGGUAACCUUUCUGUGAACUAGCAUCCCAUCCAGGGUGGAAUAGUAAUACUUCUAGGUGCUUUAUGCUAAGGAAACCAGGAUCAAAUCUGGCUUUAUGGGCCAUUUUUCAAGUGCAGAAUUAACUCACAUUGCUAUUUGACCCUUUCUCAGAGUCCCAGAAUCUCAAUAUCCACUAUUCCAUAUUCUUCACCAUACAUCUGUGGUUACUUUAUCCUUUACAACCUCCCUAACAGCAAAGAGGCAUAUUCUCCAUUCUGUUCUCUAUACAUUUUAUAAGGUGCUAACAAGGAGAAUUUGUUUAACAAUCAAGAGCUUCUUUAGUUGGUGAUCAUUUUCUUUAUUCUCCUUUCUUUAAAGUAUGAUUCAGGGAUGAUAUUGUAAGGAGAAGUUAGAUGCUACUCACUCUUAGGGGUCAAAGGGUAAAAAAAUCCUAAUGAUAAUCAAUACCUUAGACAUGAAAAUGUACUUGGUUGAUAUAAAAUUAUGUCUUUAAUUAAAAUGGUUUUUUCUUUUCUUGUAGAAGCCAUACAGGGGAUGUGUGUAUUUUGAAAGGCAUGACACAAUACUUCAGUAUCAUUCAGAUUGCAAUUAAAGAAUGCAAAGGUAUUGUGCAUACAGUCUCAUCAAUUACUAAUUACCAUUAGCACUCACAGAUAAACUGCACCCUGAGAGCCACACCCUGAGAGCUGCACCCUGAGUUUAGCAACUCAAAUUUUGGUAAAAAAAGCUUCUGAGAAGAAAUUACUAGUGGAGUCUUCAGAGAGUUGCACUAUUUUGGUCAAACGUUCUCCCCUGUAAACUCACUAAUAAUGAAAACAGAGAAUACUCUUAAUCCUUACCACUGAUGUAUGUUUUGUUAACACUUAAAUUUUAACUCCCAUCAGUGAUCAAGAAAGAAUUUCUCCUUACAAUAUUAAUACAAUAUCAAGCAGACAAUGAUGAGAGUUAAGAAAAAUUAUCAAUUAGGGCAUUUCAUGUUGAUCCAAUUCCAAAUUCUCAGAACUAAUGGAUUAGAGUUGUAUAAUGGCAGACUGUCAGGAAAAUUAACCUAUUAGAUCUUUGGAGUGAAAGCCAGUUCACCACUAGAUAGGGAUUUAACAGUUGGACAGUAUUUUCUGCCCUGAACAACUGGGCCCAAAUGUAAAACCUUCACCAUAUAUGACUUAAUGAAAGCUCUUUUUCUCUAAAUUUUUCUUCAUGUUUAAUUAUACUUUAUGAUAAUUAAGUAUCAAAGUAUUUUUUUGCUAGAUGAGGGUAUUGACACUCGUAUCCAUGGUAUCAAAUUAAUAUCAGAGAGUGAAAAGGAGCCAGGACUGAACCAAGAUUUGUUUACACCCACAGAACUUAUCAGGUAUGUAAUGCGUGCAAUCAUAUCAGCAAUUUUUUUUUUCAAGUGAAUUUUUCCUCAUAAAAAUGAUUGGGAAAGAGGUACACAUCGUUGGGGUGGUACUUAGAUCACAAUGCCCACUCCUUAGUAUGUUUUAACCCUUUAAUUCCCAUGAGUGACCAAGACAGAAUUUCUUCUCAAGUAGAGGAGUGAUGAGAAUAAAAAAAAGUAUUAAUUUAAGGGGAUUAUUAGUUGAUCCAAUACCAAAUUCUCCAAAGUAACAUCACAAGAACUAGAUGGCAGACAGUAAGGAGAAGUACUAAUGAGAUCUUUAGAGUUAAAAGGCGAACCCUUUUUAUUCCAGUAACAGGGGUUCCAAUAAAUUUUUUCCCUAAGCUGGCACCAAUGUUGUACUAGGUGGCUUUGUUUGGGAAAAGGGGCUGUAAGGUGAAAUUCAAAUACGAGAGCUUGCGUGUAGACAGCAGUAAGGGGUCUUAAAUACAUUGGUAGACCACUGGUAACUGGCUCGUAUAGAAACCCUGAAUAAAUGACCAAUUAAUAACUUCUCAUCACAGUAUUAGUACAUUUCAAGUGGAAAGAUGAUGAGAAGAAAGAAGAUUAUCUUCUAAAGAAUAUUGAUGGAUUUUACACCCAAUACUUAGAGCUGAAAUUAUGAGAGAAUUAAGAGAUCUAGUGCAUAGGAUCGAUUUUAAGAUCUUGGCAGAGAAAUGGUUAAUCUGUUGAUUAUAACGCUCUCGCAGGUUUCCUAAACUAGAUGCCGUAGAUCCUGCUCUGCUUUACAGAAGAGCACAAGCCUUGCUCAGGUAAACAUUGGUCUGAAGUGUAAGCACUAGGUUGAAAUGCGACUUGAAUGAUUGCGUUCUCCAACACUCAUGAUCGCAGUACAAAAUGAGGUGUGCUUGUUUGAUUUCUUGAGUUUGCAAAUUUUGUUUGAGCGGUUUGCACUUGAGCUCUUCUGAAUGACAAGUGAUCAGAAACAUACGGUGUAAACUUAAAAUAAGCACAGACUGAGUCGAACGAUUUCGUUAACGUUGACUUUUUGAAAAAUUGAACUGGGAUCCCUGUGCAAGGUACUGUAAACUGGAAUAAGCUUCGUAGAAUUGGGCUCCCUGAGCUUAGAUAAACACCUAGCCUAACCUAGCGUAAUUUCAGUGUCAUCAUGAAUUUUACUGAAAGGUUUUUUUCUAUUUCUACAUGGUUAAAUAAGAUUCAUUGAGCUUCUAGACAGUGUACUGCAUUACCUUCUUCCUUCCUGGAAUUAUUCUGCUGGGUCAUUUAAAGAUUUGGAGGUAUGCUAAAACUCUCUUUUUUGCGUCGAUCAAUUCGAAGCCUCAACUUCCCCCCCAGGGGACCCCCCUUCCCCUGGGAUCUCCCCUCUCUCUGGGAACCCUCCCCUCAGACGACCCGCUUCCUUCCCGAGCGACCCCCUUCCUUCCCGAGCGACCCCUUCUCCCUAGUUUUUAAACUUUUGAAGAUUGGUGCGUUCAAGUUCCCACCCUUCUUCACCCCCCCGCAAUAAUUAUGUUCAAAUGCCCCACUUAAUAUUUUUGUAAAAGGCAAAAUGAGCGACUAUGACUACACUUUAACCAAACCUGAAAACUUAGACAUUGUAGACCUUUUCUUUUGAGCUAUUUGCUCGCGAAAGUCAACUAUUUACCAUAUCAAAAGUUGUAAAACUUAUUUGCUGCUGGAGAAGACUUGACACAUCCGGUUCUUAUUCCCAUCCCAACCAGAUGAGAUUCAACUUCUCCAUCCCCGAGACGAACGACGUUGAAAUCCCUGAGGGUUUUCCGGAGGGUAUCUUGUAAUUUGUAUAGGACCCUCAUUUACUCACUACUUAUAGUGUUAAUGAUAAUGACAGCGACACAAUGAAACACAGACAGAAACAAAAGUAAUAAAACUUAUCCAAGCUGCUUUAUUUUUAUAUUUUUAUUUAUUUUUAUAUUUUUUAUUAUUUUUAUAUUUUUUAAUUUUGUACAGGACCUGCAUUGAUAGCAGUUUUUUUUCUUACAACUGAAGCAGCAAUCCUGCAUAAAUAUGUUUGUAUUAUUAUUAUUAUUAUUAAAAGAGCGAAAGGAGGUAAAUGUUUAAAUUUUUUCUCUCGUUUUCCUUUAGGCCAUACGUCAGCUUCUUCCUCUGUCGAAGCACAGAACCUUGUUAAUUGAAAAAGUCAUUAGAGAAUCACAGUCAAGGUGAGACAUUGUACAUGAUUUUUAUCACGUUCCAAGACUAGCAUAGAUCUGAACAAACAGCAUUCAUGUCAAACAUUUUCGUUUAAUAUCAUUUACAUAGUAUUUAAUCUUAUGAUAUCUACGUCUAGCUGUAUUGCAUUUUGCAAAAACGUACGUUAGAUUUGCAAUAAUUGUUACUAUUAUUGUCCGUUUUUCAAAAAGUACUCCUAAAUCGCUUUAUAACAAUAUCUUUGUUUCCGUUUCGAGUGUCUCCAAACACGGUUCAAACGUCUGGAAACUCGACUCGAGCCUCAAGGAUCGAGGAUCGAGGAUCGAGGAUCGAGUUUUGAGGGACUCUCAACUUACUUUUGAGUGCUACUGUAGUUAUUUGGAAUGCAGGCAUCUUUUUAAAACCCUAACUAUUAUUCACUGUGCUUAUUCAACAGCUCACCUGCGCAUAUGCCAAAGUUAUUUAUCAAUAGACGAUCAGCAGCUGAACACAGAGCGGAUCCAACACAAGAUCCAGAUGCCAAACACUCCAUACUGAACCAGGUGAGCAGUUUCUUCACUCUCCUAUGACGUUGUGUUCCUUAGCAAGACACAUCUCUCUUGCAGUGCCUGCAAACUGUUAUCUUAUUAUCCCAUCAUUUGCUCUGAUGAAGGGCUAGCGCUCGAAACGUCAGCUUUAUAACUCUUUACGGUGGCCAAUACACGUUAUCAACUCAGUGUAUAAUACUAAAUUACCCUGUUUUACUCUUCCACCGACGCAGCACCACAGUUUCUCUAGAAACUUACCCCCCCCCUCCCGGUUAUCCCAUUAACCCUCAUGAGUGACCAAGGCAGAAUUUCUCCUUACAGUAGAGCAAUUUCCAGUUUCAGUGUCGACCGCAAUCUUUUUGGCUUUGCUUUACCUUGCUCUGUGAUUGUUGCCGAAAACUUGUACUACUAUAAAGACAAUCACGACUGGUUUCUUUUACUUUAACUGAGUUCUCCUUUGCCUCUUAAAGGUAUUUUCCUUUCUUCUGAUCGGCUGUACAUGUUGCGAUUACUUUGGUUUUGGUUUUACCACACCCAAUCGAAAUGCGCUCUACUGAUACAAUAUCAAACAGACAAGUUGUCGAAAGCGUGAAAAAGCUGUACCACGCUUCCAUAUUAAGUCACGGUUUAUUCACUUGAUUAAACGAUUUUACUACAACGCUUCGGUUAACUCCCACUCCCAGCUCUCGGCUUAUUCGAAGGAAACACACCCUAAACGUCCCGUUGUAAACACGUGGAACAGUGCCAUCUGUGGGGCGAUAAAACACGUGCUGCAUACAUGUUUGUUUGGUUAUGUAUAGAUAAACGAAAUCAUAUAUAAAUGUCAAUCAAAUUAAGAAUAAUUAACGUAUCGUACAGUUUACACAAAGUGAUGAAUAUUAAAGAAAAUUCUUACUUUCGACACCCAAUUGAAAAUUGCUAUAUAGGAACCAAGAUAAGUUCUAAUGGUAGGAGCCAACAGGCUGGAGAGCAGACUUUACGUUUUUUUUUUCCUUUAAUUAUGUACGAAUGUUUUCUGUGUCGCGUUCGUAACGGAAAAUAUUUAUCGUUUAGUUGUAUGAAGGGCUCAAGCAGGAAAAGUGUGGCGUAAAAAUGGAUUACAGGUGACAAUGACGAGCUUUCCUUGUAGAUCUGUUUUUCUAUAACUAUCGGUAUCUUAAAAUUUUGCCUCAUUUCAAGUUCACCCACUAACAGCUGAUUUCGACAGAGUUAAAAGGAAUAUGUUCUGCCGUAUGGCAUCGAGUCGAGGGCUAACUUGUUUUUCUUCUGGGUGCGAACUCGCAAAGGUGGUUGGGGGCGAAGUUGCAAUGGAACGAACCUUCCUUAACUCUUGAAACUCUAAGGGUGACUAGCAUCAACUUUCUCCUUAGAAUGUCACCCCUGAAUCACACGUAAAGGUCAUUAGAAUAAAGGAAAUGAUCACCAACGGAAGAAGCUUUUGAUUGAUAAACAAAUUCUCCUUGUCAGCACCUUAGGAAAUGUAUGAAGAGCAGUAUGGAGAAUAUUCAUACUGAUGUUAGGGUUUUAAGGGUUAAAACUUUUUAUGCCAUUAUGUCACUUAAGAUAUGUCAAAUACUGUAUCAAGCGGGCGCUUUAGUCCAUUUUGUUGAAGACAUGCAAUUCAGGAUCAAAAAAAAAAUUAACUCUGUUAACUAGAAACCAUGCUCAAUAUUUAAACCUAUUCAGCUUUGUAAGUGACUGUCAUUUCUUAUUGAAGUGUUUAUUGAUUUUUCUUCAGGUGGUCAGCCAGGUAUGAUCAGUGGUGGGAAUGCAAAUUCCUUUCGGAAGGAAUUAUUGAUCAAGGUUGGUAUUACUCCCCUGGUAUAAGAGAGUGAGAACUCCGCCAAUUUGUUGAUCUCCUCGUAGAUACUCUCCAGUUAUUGAAACUCAACCGUCCAAGGCAAUUAAAGGAAAUAAAAUGUAUCCUCGUAAAAAUUAUACUUUUUUCGUCAUCGUUUCUGUCAUUCCUCUAAAGUAGAAAACAAAUAAUAGGGAGUUUUUGAUAGUUUGGACAUUGCAAAGUAUAAAUUGUAAACCUUGCUUCAGUAUAUGCCUUGCCAAGUUGUUAAAUUUUUGUAUAUUGAAGUACACGACAUACAUUUGUUCCUUCAGGUGGUGGUUUUCGAGACUCCCUCGCAGACUUGGCUGAAGAACUUUGUCCAAGCUCAGGUGAUGCUCCUAUACCUGUCCCUUUCUUCAUUCGCAGUCCAAAUCAGGUACUCUCACGGCCUUCGCGGUUUAUCAAUUUCUGUUUGGUCUUUUCCUAUCUGACCGAUCUGAUAUCUAGUCGCCAUUUUAUAAUCAAUUUUCUACAUAGUAAGCUAUCUUGUUCCUUCUUGAUUUAUUAUUGCCUCUUUUGUGGUUUCCUAUCUUAUCGAAGGAAUAUUUGGAACUCUCCUUCAAGUUGAAAGUAGAUUUCUUUUAGCGUAGCUAUUGACUCAAAUGUCUCGACAUGGCCUCUACCAAUUGUGAAAACUACCACUAUACAACAAACGUUUUGGUGAUGCGUUUACUGAACGCUGUUCAACAGCUUGAAUUUACGCGAUUCCAUUGUAGUAUAUCAUCAACUUGUGUGACUUAAUGUUAAAAUGCCUUAUCAGAUAUUUUAAACCGUACCACUGGCCUUUUACCAUGUUAGCCAUGAACUUAACAGCUUGGUGUUUAUCAUAUGGUAGUUUUUAAUGAUCGCGCACCAGUAAUUCAUUCACCGAUAGAACUAAGUUGCCGUAGACGGUACUGGGGUUCCAUUGCUGAAUGUCAGAGUUAUAACCACCCUGUGCUGCAUAUUACAUAAUAGCUUUUGAUAAUGCUAUUGAAAAGCUGUUUUGUGAUCGUUCAAACCCUUGGGUUGUUAUCCUUAGACUUGAAAUUUAAAGUCAGAGAGACUUCUUACGAGAUAAUUACAACACAUCGAAGAAAAAUAAAACAAAGUAAAACAAAACAACAAACAAAACAUUAGGACACGCAGGUUUCUUCGAUGUUCCUUUGAAUCUUGCUCAUAACUCACUUCUAGUCACGUUUUUUUUCAGUUACACGAUUCUUCAAAUGUCAAUAGAGAUGCCUACGUGCCUAACCCUUCAUGUAAGCAGUUCGGAAAGUACGAGUGGAUUGGGAUGUUAAUGGGAGCUUGCCUUAGAAGUAACAGAGAACACUUGGUAUGAAACAAUGGCUACUUUGAUGGUUAAGAGCGAGUGUCGUAAACCCAAACUCAAAUUAACCUCAAUGACUAGUUUUUCCUUCGGUAUCUGUGCAACUGACAAACUAGUCAAGGCUUUAGUCAGGGUUCUUGUUACACAUCGUUCAUUAACACACAUUCUUCAUUUCUUCCCUCAAGGUUCUUUCACUUCCGUCUUUUGUUUGGCGGCAACUUGUCGGUGAAAAGGUGACUUGGUCGCGAGAUUUCAUGACAGUUGAUUCUGCCCAGGUAAUUGGUUAGGUCUUCAUUUACGAGAUGUACAUUGUUAUGCGUUAACACGUCAAAGUGGUCUUUUGAAAGCCAAGAACUGUGGACCAACAAAUGUGUGGCUAACGAAAUUGAUGUACUCAGCGCGAAACUGUUACUUCUUUGCAGAUAUUUUUAUUCCGUUAUUAAUCUCUUUAGAAAGAGCCUUUCACCUGGAACCCUUUAUCCUCUCCCCUUCUCCACCUCCAACUCACACGCAAAUGCAAUUUCCACGCAAUGCACGUGCGAUACACGCACACUGCGUGUCCCGCAUCCCCCCCCCCUCCCCGCCCCUUAGCCCAACGCACACACAAAUGAUUGAUCAACAACUUAUCCGGGCGAAACUGGAAAAGAAUAUUUGCCCCAAUAAACAAAUUUGAAGUAAGUAGAUAUGUGUAUUCCUCUAAAUUCAAACUUUAAUGGUACUGUAGUUUUAGAAACAGUACUCUAGACUAGGCUAUGUCUAAGUUGUGUUUUCCUUUUGUCAUCUAAAAACUUGUCAUAUCAGCGAGAAUGUGCAUGCAGUCAAACAAAUGUCUCUCAGGAAGGCCUUUGUUUAAAUCAGUACUUUUGUUUCUUUUCUCAACUCAGGUCAAGUUGCUCGAAUCUCUCGAAACAAUGGAUAAGGAAUCGUUUGAUACGAAGUUUGGUGGAGUGUUAACGUACACAACGGUAAGUUUGUUUUUUGAGCUUCGAAAUGCAGAUGACGUUUUAUUGUGGUGAGAUGUCUUUGGCAGUUUUUUUCCAGGAUAAAUAACUGAUUAACCCGUCAGUAUGUCCCAACAAUAGCGUGGCGGAUCUCUCGGGGGGAUUUACGAGCACAUAGUCUGUCCCUUAUUACUUAUAGACCAAAAAAUAGGCGUGGCCGAAGUAAUGAGGUCCUUUGUUUGUCACAGGCGUUUUUGGUUUUAAGCGCCAAUACCUCGCCGCUCGGUGUGAAUUGUUUCCCUUCCUCGCCCACCGAAAAACGAGCCACAUCCGACAUCACUGAGUUAUCAAAUCCGUCUUUAUUCUCAACCUUUGGUCAUCCCUUCAGUUACCUCCCCCCCUCUCUUUAGUUUUUCACUAACACCCCUCUCCCUCCAUAACAGGUUUUAAGCGAUAACACGUUAAUAAACCUUGUCCCUGGAGGAGCUGAUAAAUUCGUAGAUUAUGAAGAAAGAACUGAGUACAUUCAGCUGGUGCGAAAUUGCCGGAUGGGCGAAGGGAAACAGCAGGUAAAAUUUUGCUUAACGACGUUAACAAUUUUUAGUUCCUAAAUUUAGCCUCUUAGACUUAACCCUCUACACCCUAACAUCAGUAUGCAUAUUCUCCAUACUGUUUUCUAUACAUUUCCUAAGUUGAUGAUAAGGAGAAUUUUUAACAAUCAGAGCUUCUUUAAUUGGUGACCUUAAUGUGUGAUUCAGGGGUGAUAUUGUAAGGAGAAACAGAUGCUAGUCUUUCUUAGGGGUCAAUAGAUCAAGGCUGAUAAAUAAUGGUAAUAGGACUGAGUGGAGUCAGAUUCGGUGUGCAAUCAUACGGUGAUUAACAAAUAUAGAAGACCGCAAAGCGGGAGUCCGAUUUGUCAAUUAAAAGCUCAGAUGUCAAAUUAUGAAAAAAGUUGAGAAACAAACUAGCUGUUAUACGUUUUCAUAAAAAGAAAUAGCAAUCAACUCGGCGAAAUACGCGACAGCAGCGCGCACUCAUAAUGCUCUUAGUUAUUCAACCUAGUCUUUGCUAUAUUUCUCUUUAUUUUGUCUACAGAUUGAAGCGAUCAGAAGGGGUCUUCUAAAAGUUCUUUCCCAGGCUGUACUCGACCUUCUUACUUGGCAGGAACUGGAGAGAAGAGUGUGUGGCGAUCCUGAUUUGGCAGUUGAGGCAUUAAAAAAGUGUAGUAAGUGUUACUGAAAGAUAGGUUAUGACUGGUUUACAUCCACCCUUUCUGAAGACCUAUGUUCCAAUUGGAUGAAAGCUAAUCGUGUAGCGUUUAGCCCUCAGGUAUAGUCGCGUAACCCCCAAGUAUAGUCACGUAACCGCCAGUGCGGUCAUGUCACCUGGCAUGCCUGACGCUUACACCCUUCACAGAGUGCAUGCGCAACUCUGAAUUCGUUCUUGCGGCUGUAUGAAGUGCACUCUAAAAUUGAGUAAACGUGAAUGUCAAACGCUUUCUAAUUUAGUGGUACGUGCAUCCUCAGUCAUUGUGUUUCAUCUCUACGUGUCGUAUGCAAGUUAGUGAAGCGUCAGUAGGAACGCUGUUGCUCAUUGCCUCUCUCUUCUCUAUGUUCUAACAGUGCACUACGAAGAUAUCACCGAGAAUGAUAGGCGCGUGAAGUUUUUGUGGAAAGCGUUGGAGAAUUUCACAAACGGUAGGUUGUGUGUUACACAGAUCGCGCAAAUGCCUCCUUUUGCGUGAAUCUUAUAAAGUAACUUAAUUUUAUCGUAAUGUCUUAAAGAAUCUUAUGUAUCAAUAGUCCAUUUUACAGUUGCUUGUUUGGUUGCCAAGCCUUUGAACUGGAGUGAGGCUAAGGGUGACCUUAUUAUGAUACAAACCUUGCUGCUUUUCAAAUGUAAAUAACUUUGUUACCAUGCCAACUAGAUACUGUUAUCGUGCUAACUAGAUCUCUAUCACAACAUGGUCGACUUCAGUCUCACUCAAAAAACAAAGGCGUGGCAUCUAAGUACACCACUGUAAAAUGGCCUAUUGAUAGCUUGACUUUACAUUUUGAGACAAACGACUGAACAUUCAUUUAUCGACAGAACUUCGAUGAACAACAGCAUUUCAUAUCUUAUACAUUCCUGGCAUAAUUAGCAAGUUUGUCGUAAGAAACGUUAGCCAUCAAGCUCGAAUUCCGUUUCCAAAGUUCAUGUCGUGUUGUGCACUUUAAUAGUGUUCUCUCCUCCCACGGCGCUUCUUUCCAUCCGGGAGUAGAAAUGGGUACCAGUGAGUUGUUGGGCAAACCUUACGAAAUUUUAGGGUGUGUCCUUGGAUGAUCUAUCAUUUCAUCCCGGGAGGGGAGGUGGAGUGGAAGGUAUGACAACACCCUUGGUCGCUUCAUGCUACAGAGGCUACAGUACUGUCUACUUGCUUUUGUGUUGUUUAGAUGAUCGCAGUCGAUUUCUACGUUUUGUCACGGGACGGAGACGACUUCCAGCGCCUUUGUACAUCUGUCCUGGGAGAAGGUGAGAAGUGACCUUAACUGUGUUUGAAACUUUCUUCCCGUUUUUGCUUUGGCCCACAGAAUACCCAACCCUUCACAUCCGGAAGUUGAGCAUUUACAAGGCAACAUUGUGUGGUGUUCUGGGCCAUAUCAAUAACCUUUCUGGGAAACCCGACUUGACACCGUGUAAUAACUUGCUUUGGACUUGUAUUGAUCUUCUUCAGGUGGAGAAAUACUUUUCCUAAUCGCUUUCUGGUUUAGUAAACUGAAUAAGCUUCAGGUUUAGUGGCCUACAAACUUGAAAGACUAUCCAACCUAACUCAAAGAGAUUGAGGUCAUAACACCCCUGGCACUAUCUCAACUAUUUCGAUCGUUAGGCUGUAAAGUUACAAAACAAGAGCUGAUAAUUCGUAAAUAAAGCACUUCGCGAAAUCGUCUUCACUAUUCGUUUUUCCCCACUGAUGGCUUCUCUCUUAUUGAAUCUCAGUUCUGUGCAAGCUGACUCAUUGCCUGAAGCUGCCACUUGUUCAAGCACUCUUUUUCUACCAGAAUAUACAAGGUUUGUUUUUCUACAUUGAACUUAAUCAGUGCUACCAGGCUUAAGCUGUUAUGAUUAGGGGGACUGCUCGACUGAAAAGAUAUUCCACUUAGCAAACGAAACGUGGGAAAGAACUAUGCCUAGUGCCUACAAGUCCCAAACCUUUGAGAGAAAGAACUGCGAGCAAUCUUAAAUCUCGUCGUGGAAAGCGAUAUAGCUGUAGCUCAGGUUUUGUUGAUAAAAAAGAAACCCGAUUCACCCUUUCCUUAAAGUAUUUUUGGGUGUAAAAGAAUCCCUCCACUAAUCUCAUACUUGUUUGAGACUACGUACAAAUCUCUUACUCUCAUCGUUCUGCUUUCAGUGCAAAAGUAGCUGAAGAAAAGAUUCGAUACGCUGCUUACAACUGCAUGGCGAUCGACACAGAUGUCAGCCCGUGGGAAGAGUAACUAACGUGGUGUUGAAACCGCGCGAAAGGAACCGAAAAAACGAACCGAUUGCUUCACGACAAGAAACGAAUCUUUCAAAAACGAACCGAACACUCCACGAAAAAAACCGACUAACUUAAGCGAAAUUUGAUAAGUGUCGGUGGCUUCACAAGAACCAAACACUCCACGCGAGAGAGCGGCUCUAUUACUUAAAUUUCCCGAAUCUUACACGCAAAUAAUAGAUUUUAGCCUACAGGAACUGAGACUUGAACGACUAUGACCGAAAUGCGCAACGAGAAACGAAUGCUGCAAGAGAGCGGAAAGCACCACACGAGGUGAACCGAAAAGUUCCCGUGAAGAACCGAAUCAUCCCGAAGCCCAGGUCACAGUGCCUCCGACUUCCUUAGCGUUCAAUCCAGCAAAACAUCGUUAUUCGUUUCACCUUAGUAAUGAAUAAUUCAAUCGCUAGCGGUCCUAAAGGACUGACUCAUACUGGCCUUUUAAAUAAGCAAAUCCUUUAAGGAUAGCUAUUUACGUGCUCCUAAGUUUUUGCAAACGUUUCAUUCAUCUUAGCUUGAGAUAUCUUUAACCUUUGUUUCCCGAUAUGUAACAUGCCACAUCUCCUUACAAUAUCAAUUCAUACACAGCGCGCAGCCAAUGAGAAAAGACAUGCCUAUCAAUUCAAGGGUGUAAGUCUGUGAUCUUGAUAUAGAAACAGAUUCCCUGAACUAGUUUUCCAAAGGAUGGCUCGAAACCAGAAGGGAGAAGUGCUCAUCUCAUCGUGGGAGUAAAAGUGUCUCUAUGCUGAUUGUAUCAGUCUCAAGGCGAUUAUUGUAAUUUCUUUGCUGAAUAUAUUUUCUUAAAAAUUUUAUGGCGUAAAAUUCGUAAAAUUUAAAAAAAACUAAUGUAGCCACGAGGUAAAAACUUAGGGCUACUGCGUAUAAAAGAUUAAAUCAGCUUUAAGAUUGAAAAAAAAAUUGAUUUUAAAAAUACAAUUAAUUGUUCGCGUGGAGUACAUGGGAAGAGGAAAGAUCCAUUGGAGAAAUUUUUUUCGGUCUCAGUUUUACUUCAAGGGGUAGAAAUAUUAACGCUUCACAAAUAUUGCCGUUGGUUGAGAACUUUUCAUUUCUUCUACUAUUAACGUUUCCUUGUAGGGGGAGACUUUUUAUCGCCGAACAUAAUUUACUUUAUGUCGGCUCCCGAGGGAAACGUUUUUUUUUUUUUUUUUUUUUCUUACCAUUCAGGUUCGAUACAUUUUAAUUUAUGUAAGGUCACAUAAUUGCUAAUCAGUCGUUCACAAUCGUCUUUAGAUUAAGGGGUGUAUAACUUUUUUGAUUAUUUGUUUGGCCAGUAUGUGUCGUUGUUGGUUUUCUUUCAUACGCUUUUAUUUGAAAUUUGAUUAACUUACGUGUAAAAGGAAAUCAGAAUCAUUUUGGACAUAAUAAUACAGAAAGCGUAUGGAUAAUACAAGAGGGCACUAUGGUACACAGCCAAUCAGAGAAGAGGAUUAUAUACCAGCUAUCUGA